AUGCCGCGCAGGACGCACAAGAAGUCUCGAAAUGGCUGCGUUGAAUGCAAACGCCGUCACGUGAAGUGUGAUGAGCGGCGACCUAUCUGCUCCAAUUGUGUUUCUUCAGAACGACAGUGCCAGUUCGUAGCACCUGCUCCGUCCGUCUCCUCAGCAAGAGCUUCACCGAGCACAAGUCAUGAAUUCGCUUCUGCAUCUCCCGCCACCAGCUCACCCGCGCAAGAGGUCACAUCUGCACCGGCCGGCUUUGCCCAGGGUUCUCCAGUCAAUUUGCUUCAUGUGGAGCUUCUUCACAAUGUACUUCUGGAAAGUGCUAAAUGGAUUAACGCCCGCGAGAUGUCGUCUGGCCUGUCCUUUCCCGACAUGCUGAAAAUUGGUCUCGAAGCACCCUAUCUCCUCAACAUGUUGCUAGCCGUAAGUGCUUUGAAUCUGAGCAUCACUACGCGAGGCCGUCGAGACUUUUACCGGCACCAUGCGACCCAACUUCAAAAUCACGCAUUGAACAACUUCAAUAGUCUGUCACCCCAUUUCGACCAGGACACCUGUAUUCCAAUGUUUCUCUUCGCAUCAAUCCUGGGACUACACUUGCUCUGCGAUACCAUCGUCUUCCGAGAGGGUACGUUCGAGGGCUUUCUCGACCGUUUUGUACAGUAUCUUCGACUUCAUCAAGGAAUACGAACAAUCACAGCCGAAGGACGAUGGGAGUACCUCCGGGAAACGAAGCUCAAGCCAAUUUUGACUUUCGGCGAAAAGCUUCCUUCUAUGGAUUCUGGGUUUGGACCGGUGUGCGGAGCUUUAUACGAACGUAUCCAGGGCGCUGAGAAAGAUGAAGCUAGGCUGAAAAUAUAUCGUCAAACUAUUCAAGCCCUGCAGGUGGUAAUGACAGCAAUCGAUUCGAAAUAUGAACGCUUGGACGCGUUGGUGGCGUGGCCUGUCAUGAUAUCCCCUAAAUAUGUGGAUUUGAUAGCUUCUCGCCAAGGAGAAGCCUUGGUGAUUCUGGCAUAUUACGGCGCGCUUGUUCAUCCAAGCCGUGGUCAUUGGGUGUUUCAAGACGGGGGCCAAUUUCUGAUAGAAUCCGUCACCCAAUAUCUAGGACAUGCCUGGAGUGAAUGGCUCGAGUGGCCAUGGAAAGCCUUGACCUGA